AGGGCAACGGGGUGAGAUAGAUGGUGUGCAUUUGCGGAGCCGCAGCUGCGCGUCUGUUAAUACCCACGCGACCCUCACGUCCCCGCGCAAUUCUCAACACUGGGUUGGCUGCUUCAAGGCAUGAGGAUGCGAGCGGGGAUUUAGUUUCAGUGUCUUUUACCGUCUGGAGCUGUUUAUUACCUUUCUCCCGCACACAGAAACGGAUUUAGACACACGAAACAAGGUUCGUGGCCAUCAUUCUCACUACUGAAUAUGAUGCAGAGGCCCUCCUCUCCAAAGGGAAGUUGGAUGGGAAUACUGCCAUACGUUUCAGCUCGUGAUCAAUGAACUCAGUCCAUUCAAUCACAAAAGGAACUAACCUGAACUACUGAAGCAAAAGAGGGGAUAUAACGACACAGACAUCUUUUUGAGGAUAUGGCGGCGACAGAUGCAUGUUCAGCGCCUGUACAGGAAGAUGGCACCACCACCACCGAGACUAAAACAGAGGUGGAGCCCACAAACUCAGAGAUUGUCACAGAGGCUGUCACGGAGGCUGUCACGGAGGAUGUCACGUCUCCACCCGAAGAGGCACAUCCUGCAUCAGAGACCAAACAGAGCACAGAGCAGCCGGCCGAUGGCAAAGCUAAACAGGCCUCUGAGAAUAUUUUCUCUUCCUUCCUGAAUAAGAGUGGGCUGGGAAAAGUCAUGGGAGGGAAGAAGAAGAAGGAGCAGAGCGCAGAGGCUGUGGAGGCUAAUGGAGAGGGCAACACAGAGCAGAAAAAGGCCUCUGACCAAGCAGAUGAGCCGGCAGCCAAUGGCACAGAGGCAGUGGCUGAGGACCAGGCCAUUGAGAAAGCUCCAGAGAACCAGGUGAAGGUCCGAUCCAAAUCCUUGGACAGGUUAGAGGACCCUGAGGCCCUCAAUGCCACAGUGGACCAACUGGAAGAUGCCCCGGCAGCAGAAGGGUCAGAGAAGCCAGCGACCAAACACAUUAAACGCUGGCAUUCCUUUAAGAAGCUUAUGGCCCAGAAGAGUCACAAGAAGAGCACAGAAGAGUCUAAGGAGGCUGAAGGUAGCGAGGGUGCAUCUGGGGGCACUCCUGGCGACACAAGUACACUGGACUCCAAGGCUUCAGAAUCCAGUGGCCAGAAACGGUGGAAACUGAAAAGGUCAUGGACAUUCCAGGGGCUGAAAAGAGACCCGUCAGUCGUAGGCAUCAGCAAAGCCGCUACGGGUGAGAAGGCGGAAGGUGAGGAAAAUGCCACAGAGAACGAUGAAGCGGCUGCGCCUGAAACAGACGAAGCCAAGGCGCAGGUAGACGGCAAAACACAGGAGAAGACAAACACAGACGGAGAGGAGGAAAAGGGAGCCACCGCCGCCCCACACAAAUCAAUGAACCAACACGCAGAUGAGAUCUGGACCUCCUUCAAGAAACGUGUGAUCCCCAAGUCCAAGCGGUCAGCAGACAUGGUGGCUGCCAGCGGGGGGGAGGAAGGUGCUGCCGCAUCUGAACCGGCCGAGCAGACGGAAGAGGCAGGCAAAGAGCAGGCCAAGUCGGCCAAGGCCAAGCGAACACACUUUAACCGUGCCGUUUCGCUGAAAAACUUCAUCAUGCGAAAGGGGAAGAGCACCAGCGUGGACCAGGGAGACGGAGCUCCGAAGGAGGGUAAGGAGGUGGCAGAUGGGGAGGCGAAGGACACAGAGGACGCGGCUGCCCCAGCUGGCACGUCUGACAGUCAGCAGGCGGCAGACGGGGAGGCGAAAGACACAGAGGACGCGGCUGCCCCAGCUGGCACGUCUGAUAGUCAGCAGGGAGAAGCUGACGCUGCCCAGGGCGAGAGCAACGACAAAGGAGAGGCUCAGGUGGCCAAUGAGCACACAGUCGCCGACGGAGAGGCAAAGGAGCCCGCAACGAGCACACCGUCUGGUCCUGAGCCAGAGAAGGCCAACUCAGCUGAGCCCGCAGCACCGGCAGAGCCUGCGGCAGAAGUGAAAACCAACGGUGAGAAUGGUUGCUCGAACGGCACGCCCGAAGAAGACGCCAUACACAAUCAUGAAACGACCCUAAAAAAGGACGGACCAACAGACGAGGCCAAACAAGAAAACACCAACUCGUCGAUGGACACCAAGAUCCUAAACCUCGGCACAGGAAAUGCAGUAGCCCAAAGCGAAAAAAAGGCGGGAAACGUGUGACGACACACAAAGAGGAUUAGAUCUGCAUGGGAUUCGUUCAGCGAGGAGCUUUGACCCCCCCUCCCCCCCCCCCUUCCCCCAAAACUGGAAUAAUCACAUGUUUACGCCACAAUUCACCAUGGUGAGAGCAAUGCAAUCCAUAUAGAUGAAAAGAUACUCCAAAGCAAUAAUUCAGUCAUCAAUCAGUGCAGUUCUUGCUUACCAUUCCAUGAUCAAUGUAAAUGUUUUGCUUGUCCUCUACUAGUGAGAUUAUAUAUUGUCAAAAAAAGGAAAACGUUACAUCCUUGUCAAAUGUUCAUCUCUAUGAUCUCUCAUUCCAGAAUAAAAAAAAAGACUUAGUUUUAUAUCAAUUGCCAUUUUAUUUGUAGUUUUGUCAAUAGAUAUUUCAGUGCACCCGAGAACACAUUUGAAAUGAUUGCCCUACAGACUGCCCCCCCCCAAUGUGGAUUAAUGUGUUCUAAUCUCUUUCUGUGUUAAUGUUUUUAGACUGUUGUGUACAUGAAUAAACCACCAUAAAAUAUUA